AUGGGAUUCUUCUCAUCUCUCUCGAGUUUAUUUGGAAUGGGGAAGAAGAAUGUGAGCAUUGUCGUCGUGGGUCUUGACAAUUCGGGAAAGACAACAAUUCUGAACCAUUUGAAAACUCCAGACACAAGAAGUCAACAAAUUGUUCCAACUGUCGGACAUGUGGUCACACAUUUCAGCACUCAAAACAUCAGUUUUCAAGCAUUCGAUAUGGCUGGACAAAUGAAAUACCGUAGUGCAUGGGAGAGUUUCUUCAGCUCGGCUUCAGGAGUCAUCUUCGUUUUGGACAGUUCUGAUCGUAUUCGAAUGGAAUUGUUGAAAGAUGAAUUAUGGAUGGUAAUGGAUCAUAAAGACGUAGCUUCCCGUGGGAUUCCCGUUGUUAUCUUGGCAAACAAGAUGGAUAUCCCUGGAGCAAUGACCGCAGCGGAUAUCACGACAGCUCUUGGUUUGAAUCUUCAUCGAAGCGGAACAUGGUCAAUUCACUCAACUUGUGGAUUAACUGGAGAUGGAUUGGACAAAGCAAUGCAACAACUUUCAACAGAAGUUCUCAAAUGCCUGGAAGCCAGAAAGUCCUAG